UAACGGGUUGCCUUAACAUCAUAAAUUGCACUGUGGCUGGAAGAGGGCACUUGCAAAUGUCUAGUAAUGCUAUGCCUAAGCAGGUUUAUACUCACCAGAAUAACAUAACUGAUUUGAAGAAGACAUUUAAAUCUUCCGUUGUUCACUCUUCAAAUUUUCUGCACUUGUGAGGAAUUUCUCUGGAUUUUUUUUAAUCAAGUGCGCCUUUGGCUCCUUUCUCUGGUGCCAAUUGCAAGUUGAAAAGUGGAGAUGAAUUCUACCGCUUUUAAUCAAACGGACAGUGCAGGACUUUUCAAUAAGACUGAAGAUAUAUUUUGCUGUAACUUAUCCUCAGUGGUGACUGAUAAUGGCUUCGUGGCGGUCACUCCGGAUGAGACAAGUCUUUUUCUCAUGAGAGUUGUGCAGAUAGCCGUUAUGUGCGUGUUAUCGCUCACAGUGGUUUUCGGUAUAUUCUUUUUGGGCUGCAACCUUCUCAUCAAAUCAGAGGGAAUGAUCAACUUUUUGGUGACGGACAGAAGACCAUCUAAAGAGGUAGAAGCAGUCAUUGUUGGGGCAUAUUAGUUGCCUAAAGAGCGCUUUGGGAGACUUUGUCAAAAUGACUUGUCCAACCACUAAUGACCUGAUGAUGAAUCCUCUAUUCAACAACAGCAGAGAGAGAAAUGAAUGGUCAAGUAUCCACAUAAGACCCCGUUUCUAAUGUUCAGUUCUUUUUUACAAUCUAGAAGCUAGUCGAACAGUCAGAGGGACCAGGUGCUGCUGCAUCAUGUUGAGGCCAACAUAUUAUAGAUAGGUAGCUGAAAUCUCCAACUAGCUGAAAUUAGCUCCUUAUUUGAAAUGUGGACGCACUCUAUUUGUUAAAAAGACAGUUUUUACUUAAAAUACUAUCUCACAACGAAGAUGAAUUAAUUCAUUCAUUUUUUAACUGCAGAGGCUGUAUAUGGUUUUGCGUACAAUAUGCAAAACGGUAGUCUAUAAUGUUAGUCAUGUGUCUAACGCGUUUGCUAUUGAACAUUUGUAAAUUAUUUGCCGUUGAAAGCAUGAACGGUUGAGAUAAUAUAAACAUCAUCGGUAGUGUAUCUUUGUUUUUUGGAAUAAAGUUAUCCUAUAAUUA